AUGAAUAAGCAAGAAAGGCACAAUGUUGCAACCUGCAAUCCCAUCACUACAUUUGUCCAAACUGAUACCAACACUUUCAGAGAAAUCGUGCAGCGCUUAACAGGUUCAUCAGAGAACAACAAUGCCACAGCAGUACCAGAAGCAACAGUGAUAAAAACCGCAACGCAAAAGAGGGAGACUUCUAAGCUCCACGAGAGAAGGCAAUGUAUGAGGCCAAAGCUUGAAAUGGUCAAACCUCCUCUAAGCUUUAAUCCCACUGGUAUGACACCAUCAUCUAAACUUGGUAUUAACAACCUUUUAACAAGUCCAGUGGCCACCCCUUCGUCAUUGUUCUCUGACUUGUCAUUGAUAGAAGGGGAUAAAGCAGAACCAGAGAGUUGUACAACAAACAUCGACCAAGAGGAGAAAGCUAUUAGAGAAAGAUUCUUUAACUUACAUCCAUCACCGAGGUCUAAACCAGGGUAUACAGAGCCAGAGUUGCUUUCUUUGUUUCCUUUAACAUCUCCAAAUUCGAGUGGCAGACAAUCAAUUAGACAGAUUAAUCCUAAGCUCGUUAUCUUCCUACUACCCCAAAGCUCAUGUACAUGUAUCGUUUUCACAACACUAUCAUUGAAAGAGAAAGACUGUUCACUUAUAUUAACACAACGGUCUCCGGUUGAACCAAACCGAAACAUUACACAAUAA